UCGUGUUCUCGAGCCGAUCCCGACCUGACUCAUUUUCGGACUUCUUCUCCCUCCACCUUAUUCCUCUUCGCCAGUCCAUCUCCUCACCCACCACUUUCCACCUCCCACAACUCCCAUUCCUCCAUGGAUCUUUCCGAUCUUCAUCACCUUUUCCAAAUGUUCGAUCACAAUGGUGACGGAAAGAUCACAAGACAAGAGCUAUCAAAGUCUCUUGAAAGCCUCGGGAUUGACAUUCCUGAUCCUGAUCUUGAGCACAUGAUUGAUCAUAUCGACUCAGAUGGUGAUGGGAUGGUGGACAUAGAGGAAUUUGAGGUGUUGUAUAAGAUGAUAUUAAUGGAGGAGGAGAGGGACGAAGAAGAGGAUAUCAGAGAGGCGUUUAAUGUAUUUGACAAAAACGGAGAUGGGUUCAUUUCGGUUGAGGAGCUUCAGUCAGUGUUGAUGUCGCUUGGGUUGAGACAAGGUCAAACCAUCGAGGAUUGUCGACUCAUGGUUAAUAAGGUGGAUGUUGAUGGCGAUGGGAUGGUGGAUUAUAAAGAGUUCAGGCAAAUGAUGAAAGGUGGUGGCUUUUCCAACUUUGAAACCCUUUGACAUUAAUUUUCAUUCGUGUGAACGUUCUUUCUGUUACCAUCUUGUUUGAUCAUCAUGUAUCUUUCCGAAUUUCAAUUUCAAUCUAAGAAUCUAAUCGUUUAUUUA